GCACUCAUUCUAAUUCCAACCGAAAACAGUUUUCCGUUUCAAUUUAAAUUCAUAAAGUAUUCGGUCUUAGAAAAUAAUGCUACCAAGAUGAAGAAAUAUCGUUAUCUGGUUACUUUUUGUUUACUAUUUCCACUUUUAGAUUUCGUAAACUUAGAAAGUUUGCAAAACAAACUUUUAUCGCGCAGAAAAAGAUAUUUGACUUUUCCCGAAGGCGCUAGCGUUUCGGCUGCAGCAUGUAUGACUGCACAACUCUGGGUGAAUCCUAGAGGUAUAUUUACAGAAAGUAUUGCUUGGGGUUUGGCGUAUGACUUGCCGAACGACACGAAAUCAUUGAGCAGUUUCUUGGGACCAAAAUUUUUAGCGAAGCGUCGACAUCGAAGAGAUUUGUAUGGAAAAAUGGAAACACUGAUGGAGUCGAUGGGUUAUAAUGGUCGUACCUGCAUUUUAAGAACUGUUUGUGAAGCGUCGCAGCGAUUUCUACCUAAAGAAGAUAAUCUUCUGGACCAUAUCCUUAAAUUAAUAUUUAAUUACCCCUCCGAGCGUAUUUUGGCUUCUGAACCCGACGAACAUCGAAUUUACCACUUCGCGGGACAAAUGGGAAGGGAGCAACGAGACUGUACUGAAAUAUUUAAUUGUCCUUUCUCAUUAAUUGAUGUCGCUCUGGGACGCUACUCAGAUUAUUUGCAGUAAAUUAAAUUUUUUUAGAUCU